AUGUCGCUUGAAAAAACAAAGUAUAAAACUCAGAUUGAGGAAUUGAAGGAAGAGAAAGCUGAAGCAGAAAUAAGGGUUGAAACACUCGAGCUACAAGAAGGCGAACUUCUCGCAAAGAUCAAAAAUCUGUCGGAGGGGAAAGAGCAGUACGGUGAGAAAGUAAACACGUUGACUAGAGAGGUGGAACAAUUACAGCAAGAGAAAAGCGCUUGGGAUGAAGAGAAGAAACGAAUCACUUCGCAACUACAGGAGCUGGAAAAAUCAGCCAAUUCUAUUAGGGAUUUUGAUAAGGAGCGAUCGGAUUAUAAUGACAGAAUAGAUGAACUCAACAGGGAGGUAAGUUUUUGAAA